UAGUAGCACGCGAGGGGGGUGGGUAAGCCAACGGUUGCGGCACGAGAUCAGACCUCCGCGUUAGUGUUGCGGAGAUGGACCGCGUGUGGAGUGCGUGGUACAGAAAGGGUGUUAAAGAGAAAGACUUGUCGCCGGCAAAAAGCCAGAGAAUCGUGGUCUCCUGGCUUAGCAAGGCGGAAUGGGACCAGGUGACGGUUUAUCUGUUCUGUGAUGACUUAAAGUUGCAAAGGUACGCGCUGAACCGAAUCUCCGCGUGGAGGAGCAGGUUAGGCAACGAGCUUCCUCUGGCAGUGGCUACUACUGCUGACCUGAUACGUUGUAAACUCAUGGAUAUAACUGGUAAUGUGGGCCAUGAUGAACUUAGACUGCUGUAUGGCAUGGCAUUAGUCAGGUUUGUGAAUCUUAUCUCGGAGAGGAGGACAAAGUAUACCAAGCUCCCCCUCAGGUACCUGGCUCAGGAGGUAAACAUUCCAGACUGGAUUGUCGAACUUCGCCAUGAAUUGACUCACAAGAAAAUGCCUCAUCUAAAUGAAUGUCGCAAAGGCUGCCAGUUUGUGCUGAAAUGGCUCCAGAACACCUACUGGUGCCAUCAGCUGGAGAACAGUAUGAAAGAUACCAUGGAAUUUGAGGAAGAGAAGAUGGAGAUAGGAGAAGAUAAUCAAGAAGACAACUUAGGAAAUGCAGGAGGAAGCCCCAGAGGAAAAUCGGGAGGAAACCCAAAGUCUAAUGCCAGAAGAAACCCAGAAGGAAACCCCGGAAGAAACUCUGAAGCAAAUCCUGUAGGAAACUCUGGAGGAAAUCCAGGAGGAAGCUCCAGUGGAAACUCAGGAGGAAAUCCAAGAAGAAACCCAGAGGAUAUGGGAGAUGACAUCAUAGAAGAAGAGGAAGAAGAUACCAAUGCUGAUGAUGAGCAGAAAUCAGAGCCUAAGGAUGAUGUGAGAGGUGCAGAGUUGGAUGAUGGAAACACAAAAGGCAGUGAAGAAGUGGGUUCUCAAGGGAAAAAGACUCUGAGACAUAAGGAGUUGUAUGAACGUGCCCGUCAGCUGCUGAUAUCUUAUGAAGAGGAACAGUUUAAGGUGCUGGAGAAAUACAGAUAUUUACCUCAGGCUGUUAAGGCAUGGAAUGACAUGUCCCCACAUAUAGAAUGGAUUCUGGGUGAGCUCAAGGGUAUUUCGUGGGAAAACAGGAAUGCUGUGUUGGAUGCUUUUCUGGAUGAUGGAUUCCUCAUUCCCACAUUUGAGCAGUUGACAGCUUUGCAGAUAGAAUAUGAAGAUGGUCAGACUGAGGUCCAGAAAGGGGAUGGUAUUGGCCAAAAGUCACGCAAAAACGUUAACUUGGAUGACGUCUUGGUGCCAAAGCCAUUCUCUCAGUUCUGGCAGCCCCUGCUCAGAGCCUUGCACUCCCAGACCUUCACAGAAGCCCUCAUGGAGAGGAUGUUCACUGAGCUGCCGUCUUUGGGGGAAAGUGGAAUCCGGGCCACCUACAUUCUACGAUGGAUUGUUGAAAUGAUUGUAGCCAACACUAAGACUGGUCGGAAUGCUCGCCUCUUUUCUGCAAGCCAGUGGGAAGCAAGAAAGAGCUGGAGGCUUUUCAACUGCUCUGCCGCCAUUGACUGGUCCCAGGUGGUUCAGUUCUGCUUGGGCUCACCUUGCUGGGCCAGCCCCCAACUCCUUCAGCUUAUCUUCAAAGGCAUGGGACAAGCCAUACCAAAGGAGGAUCAGCAGAAGCUGCUGCGCGUCUGUUCAAUAUAUACACAGAGUGGAGAUUUCGACCGGGAGGAGGAUGACACAGUGGUCCCUACUCCCAUUGGGAAGACCCCAUUCACAAUAGAAAAUCUAUAUCGGAUCCUCAGUCCACCUGACUCUGAAGAAAAGGCCCAGAAGCCUGAGGAGCAGGGAAAUCUUCAUGAUGUCAGUCAACAAGUGCAGGAGGAAGAGAUGGAGAAGGAAGAGGAAAAGGUCUUGGAGGAGGAGGUAGAGGAAAAACAGGAAAAAGAAGAAUCAGAGAAAGAGAAGCAAAGGGUCAUGCAGGACCAGAUACAGGAGGAACAGGAAGAAGAAAAGGAGGAGGAAGAGGAGGAGGAGGAAGAAGAAGACGAUGAAGAGGAGGAGGAUGAGGACAAGGAGGAUGAGGAUGAGGAUGAGGACAAGGAAGAUGAGGAAGAAGAGGAGGAAGAGGAAAAUGACAUGGAAGAUGAAGAAGGGGAAGGAGAAGAUGAAGAUGAUGAUAAUGAUGAAGUGGAAGAGGAAGGAAACAUGGAAGGCUCUUUCUCUACUGCACCAGAGUCUCCCACAGUGAUGCAAGCCAAGAUUAUGGCCCACAAAAGAGAAGUUUUGCAGGGCUCUGCAUGGCAACUUAGUUCAGAAGAUGUGCGUUGGGACACAUUCCCCUUAGGCCGUUUGCCAGGUCAGACCGGUGACCCAUCAGAGCUUAUGCUAGAUACUUAUGAUACAAUGUAUCUUUUGGACCAGCCUGUGGUAGACCAAAGGCUUCGUUCUCCAAAGUCCAAGGCUAGGAGAUGUGACUUGAGCAUUCUGGAAGAGGGCUUGAGAAUUCAUGGGCCCCAGCACCUUGGGCUUAAGCUACAACAGCAGUUACAUCAAUAGCAGCAGCAGCCAUGAGGGCUUUCUCUGGAACCCUGCACAGCUGCAUCGGCUCAAGGCUGGUGUGCAACUCUUCUGAUUGCCACUUCAACUCAACUUCUUACUACAAUAGAAUUUCUAAUUUUUUUCCUUUUUGUUUUGAAAAAUAAACAAGCAACUGUUA